GUUGACCAAAGUUGACCGUACCGAAGUGAAUCAUAUCUGCUUGUGGUUUUACUAAAUUAAGGCGCCUCUCUUUAAUUGAAGCCGCUCGUGCCUGCCCGCAAACUGUACGCCGGAGUCGUGUGCGCCAACGAGGGCAUAAAAAUCUGGGUCCUGCGGCAGGCCCGGUGUGCAUGGGGUAACGACAGCCGGUGGUGGUGCCGGUACAUGCGGCUACCAGGGAGGAGGGUGAGCCGGACGUUUUCAUCUGCAGCCUCUGCGGUACUUGCGGCAGCUGCUGGAUCCUAGUUCCAUUACCGCUAUUCGGGAUCUAAGGAGGCCGCUCCUUAAGUUUGCCCUAGGAGGUGGUGGUAGCUGCAAGCGAUAAGUGAACGCAAGUCCCCGCUCCCCCUGCUAGACGUGCACCACAUUGCCUGGGUGGCAAGCCUGUGGCAGCCUGCACGGAGCGGUUAUCAGUCGCUGAUCCCGGUAGCAGCUCAGCCGAUUGCCGGUUGAGCUGCGGAAACAACCACCCGCGCUGGUGAUGGAUAUGUUAAACCGGCUGAAGAACCGCGUACUGACGGUCGUUGCACCGGAUCUGCCCGCUCUGCCACCCGGUACCAGCAGCAACAACCACUCGCUGUUCACCGGCAGCAUGAACCGGCAGCACGGCGCCAGUGGCAGCAAGGAUCAGCAGGAACACGGCAAGCUGCUGCCGGAGAAGUUCCACUACGCCCGGCCCUACUUCCUGCAGCUGAACACCGAGGACGAGGUGAAGGCGAGCGCGGACCAUAACGUGCGGCCGAUCAUUGUGCCGCGCGACCUGACGGUCCUGCCAUGGAAUGUCGGUUACGCCGAGUGUGUCAACUCAGGAAAGUCCAAGUGGAACGAAGACCAGGCAUCCUUUCACCAGCAGCGGCUGACCCAUCCGCUCGGCAAGUACCCGGAUCUGCCGUACACCUACUUCGGCAUGUACGAUGGGCAUGCGGGGUACGGGGCGGCGCUAGCAGCCGCCAACCAGUUCCACCACAUCCUGCACCAGCGGCUGGUCGACAUCAUCGAUCUGCUGUGGCCGCGCGGCGAAAGCGAAGAUGGGGCCACCGGCACCGGCACCAGCAUGCCCCAUCCGAUCGGCCUGUUCCACCGGCACGUGUCCCGUGAUGAGCUGAUCGUCGGUGCGCUCGAGUCAGCGUUCGCGGACAUGGACACCGUGCUGGCGGAGGAUCGGAAUAAGUACCGGAAUGCGGGCGGCUGCACAGCCCUGGUCAGCCUGUUCAUCCUCGGUAAACUGUACGUAGCGAAUGCUGGUGAUUCCCGCAGCAUCCUGUGCAAGCGGCUUCCACGGGCAACGAUCAACCAAUCAUCACAAACGCCGGCAAAACGGGACAGCUGGAAAGCGCGCAUCGGCUCGAUCAAAGGGCCCGAAACGGUGGGCACUGAGCGCAACGUGGAAUCGGACAGUGACGACGAGCUGAUGGCGGUCGCGGAACCGUGCUCGUUUGACCAUACGCCCGACACCGAGCGGCAGCGAUUGCUGAUGAUCGGCAAACACAACCCGGCCCUGCUCGGCGAUGAGUACAUUGCGAAGGAGUACGCGAAGAAGCCAACGUCCAGGGAUCUGGGCACGCGCAUCCUCUACCGGCAGGGUGCAAUGCGCGGCUGGAGCUAUAAGACGCUCACGGUGGAAGAUCUCAAGAUACCGCUAGUGACCGGGUCGGGUAAGCGGAGCCGCCUGCUCGGUACGAUCGGUGUGACCCGUGGCUUCGGUGACCACGAGCUGAAAGCGCUCGGCUGUAACCUUCCUAUCAAACCGUUCCUCAGCUCGCACCCGGACGUGACCUGCUUCGAUCUGAGCCACGUGCAGAGCGAUCCUUCCGGUGCGAACGUCGACGGUGAGUACGGGAUUCUCGUGAUGGCCACCGACGGGCUGUGGGACGUGAGCGAGUCGCAGCAGGUAGCACGGAACGUGUUUGCCACCCUCAAGCGCUACCCAACCGAGCCCCACCGGUACACGAUGGUGGCACAAGAGCUGGUGGCCCGGUCGCGGGGCCGCGCUAAUGAAUCUGGCCACUGGCGGUUGGCCGAGUCACGGUCGGCGGCCACCGUCGACGAUAUAUCCGUAAUGGUUAUCCCCGUGUACCGAUACUACCGCGAGUAUCUGGCGUGGAUGGAGAUGUACGAUAUCCGCAACCAGCCCAAGGGUCCCGUAGCGGACCCGUUGCCCCUCAGCCGCUCAGGUGAGACGGAGGACAACAUCAAGGAGCAGCACAGCACGGACAAGGUGACCAUAACCAGCAACCAGCAGCAGCAGCAGCAACUUGGCCCCACAUCUAGCUCGUUGAACGAUACGCUGGAAGAUGUGCGGGGGGCGGUGGAGAAUAAUCUGAAUCUGACCAACCAGCUGCCGCCGACACCACCACAACCACCGGCACCACUGACCAAACCAUAGGGUCGCGGUGGCUGCGGCGAACGCUGAGGGUAGGGGAAGUCGUUCUCUCCCCCCCCCCUCUCCCUCCCCCACUCCUCCGCAGUAUUCCACUCUUUUAGUCCUAAGACACAGACACAUACACACUCACUCAAAUGCGUGUUUCGAAAAUCGCUUGGAUCGCCGCCGCUGGUCUCCUUGAACGGGUAGAGUGCGCUUUCUUUAACUUAAGGUAUCCAAAAUGGAUUCCACGCUCCUCGCGCGUAAGUGUAGAUACAGACACGCACGCACGCACGCACGCACGUACGCACGGGCACGUACGCACGGGCACGUAUGCAUUUCAGCAUUUAGUUAGUAAUGAACGAUAGGAACAAGUUAGUCAGCAAGGGUUCGGCGCUGGGUGGUGUUCUAGCUUUCGAGGUUUGUGUGGAAGACGAUCCGAGGACGACCGAGGAGCGCAAUGAGCGAUGGCAGGGCGGAUCAGCAGAAUGUUUGUGCCCAUCGGUCGGGCAUACCAAACGGCAUUCCAGUGAGGUAUCGGAGCGCUUCUUGCAUUGUAGAUUUGUGACCCUUAGGGUUUCCCUCCAAACCCUACGUUUAUCCAUGGUUUGUUUCCCCCCCUUACUCCCCACUUUAGGGCUCUAUUACACAAUA